UCUCAUCUCACCCGCCCUGCCCUUAGCCCUGACUCGCCACAAGAACUGUAUCUCUAUUAUCCCUUAUUCUAUUGCUCUUUGUUGACCCCUGAUUUUUUUUUUUUUUUGGCAUCUCCCGCUUCUGCGCCUGCUUUUCUCGACUCUAUUCUCACCUCUGACCCUGCUCCUUGUUCCUGACCAAUUGCGCUAUUGCUCUGGCGUGUUAACGAUGACUAUUAGAGAUCAGGAACUGCCAUCGCAAGCGAUUCCCAGAGCUUCAAAAAGUCUAUCCGCCCCAACGACGACGAGGAUUCGCCCUUAUCACCCCCAAUGGCAUGGUCUAGGGAGGGCACUAACGAGGAACUGUCAAGGUACCAAGAGCUGCAGAUGCGACAACAGAACGAGGGACAGCAUCGUCCUCAGACGCAGGUCUUCGCCAACCUGUUGGCAGACUCCACGCCUUCAACCAGUGCUGGAUCAGAGGCCGGUUUAGUGGGAGCGCUGAAUUCAAUGGACUCAAACCCGACGCGUACGCAUUUACCGACCUUCCAGGAUCCACAAAUGGAAUCAUUGUCGAGCACCAGCGCUCCAGAGAAACAGCGGCGCUCGUCACGGAAAUCAUCUUCUCCGGAACAGCCAUCGAACUCCCAAACCGAUGUGUCUGACAGAAGGAGGGAAAAGACAAGGUCCUCCUCCCGACCUUCAUCAAAGACCAGCCGUCCCAAGGGCACAGCAAGGACGCCGAACGAGGGGCAAUAUAACUCAGAGGACUUGUCAACGUCGCCUGCUUCCGCCGUCAAGUCCGACCACACAGCUUCUUCUCUUACCAGCCCACACUGCCGCUACAGGAGCUCUGGGUCAUCAGGAAAGAAAACGCGAUGCACCUGUUCUUCGUGUCAGCAAGAGAGACUCAACACAACUUCUCCACAGCGCUCGUAUCGAUAUGGACAAUAUCUCGGAGGGAGCGAGCCGAUGCCCAUCUAUGCGGGGCCUCUGGGACUAGGGGACGACAUACCUUCGCCAACACCUUCGCCUCCAGCCCCCGGAAGGAUGAGUAUCCAUAUGGCAAUGGGCGGGUGUUCACCUAUAGGGUCACCUACGGGUUCACCGCUUCUGGCAAUGCAUCAUUCCACGUUCCUGUCAGUCACCACGGGGCCAAGAAGCAGACCUGUACGCGGGAAUUUACAGGAGAGCCCCAUUGGAUCGACCUCAUUACUCAUUGAGGACGAAGGCGCGGUUUCCAGCCCGCCAACUAGCAGCCAUCCCAUCAUAACAGGAUUUCAAAGCCAGGUGCGCGACCUCAAGCCCAGGAGUAACAAAAAGAGUCCAUCCCGGGCGAUAACCCAGACUGAGCUCGGGGCGACAUCCAUAUCGCCCUCUCCAUCCUCCCCAUCCUCGCCCUCGUCCUCUCCCUAUGCCCCAUCCUCUAGAGGAUCGACUUUCCAAACGGAGACAGAGAGAGAUACGUCACCUUCGCUGUCCCCAUUCUUUUCGAGUAAGCGCUCCUUCAGCCUGCCCAAACAGGGAUCGUUGUCGUCUGCUAUGUCGACGUUCUCAACUUCACCUCCGAUGCGUGCAGAUACUUUGCAUACCCAUAAUAUUCUACAACAAAGUACCUCAGUGACCGACAGCGGCAGUUCAGCCUACGGGCCCAAGCAGUCCUCGACAUCUGGGUCGACCGUCUCAAACACGGAUUACCCCCGCCUCGCGCCCCCUGUGGUACUCGUUCAGUCCCCAACAACAGAGUCACUCGUGGGGCUAUCUGAGGCAGCAUCCAGAAUAAUACAGCAGGACCAGGCGGGAGACCACAGUCCGCUGUUAUACUCUUCAGUCCUUGUAUCAUCCACGACGACAACGGCGACAUCCUCAUCCGCCACUCCUUCGCCAGCUUCGCCAGCUUCGCCCAACCUUUCCCAACCUGCAAGGUCGCCAUCCCUACAACCAUUAUCGCCCGGAACGCAACAUGGAGCGGCUGCGACGCCUCCCCUGAGUCCUUCUCGUAAAAAGGAAGGACAUCAGCAGUCUACCCAUUCGGGGUUUGAGAAGAAAGAAUUUGAGUCAUGGUCCCUCAACGAGCAGAUUCAGGAUCGCGUCGUUAGGACGACUCCUACUCUUCACUACAAAUCUGCCCUCCUGUCUGGUGGCACCAAGGACAAGAUCCGUCAUAGUCAGUCGAGCCAGAUCCAGCAACCAAAGGUAUAUUCCCAUCAUAAGCCCUCGAGUACGUUGGCGGAGCAGCACCGGCAGCAGCCAUCCCGCGAGCAACAAAAUCGGUCAUCAGCAUCAAGGACGAGCCAGACAAAGGGAGCUUCACCAAUAGAGCCGAGUACUUCUGGAGGGCAACAGCAGGCGUGUGGACAAUCCAGUGCGAGAAAGUCGGCCGAUUGGACCCUGCAAAAGCCAACGGAAUCACAACCAGGCAUCAGGGCUGAUGACGACAAACAUUCUGGCAGUCCAGGCAUUGUGUCGGACGGGACUUCUUCAGCGCGGAGGAAGCCUGAAAACAAUGGCGCGCCUGUUCACGUCUUGCGCAAAAGCCGAUCUGCACCGAUCCUAGCCUCAGGACAAUUGUCAUAUGCCGAUAUAUUGAAGUCAUCCAUCAAGGCGACCUCGAGUCCUGCACUUCCUACUAGCGGCCUUACAUCUCCAAUAUCUCCAGCGUCUCCAGAGCCGACCAUCUCCAGGACUUCGUCAUCGUCUCCUUCUCCCCUAAUUUCCACCUCAACAUCCGGCACAGUAUCACCCACAGUAUCACCCACAGCUGGUUCCUCGGCAGAUGGCGCGAGUUUCAGGAGUACAUUGACCAUGUCCCUUACCCCGACUCGUAUAAUGCGAUCGUCGAAGCGGCUCAGUGCACUGAACAGCAAAAGCGACAACAAUUUGAGGGCGAACAUCGAUAGAAACAGCAUGUCGGCACCGAUGGCAUCGCUUUUGUCAUCCCUUAAGCCCAUCAAUGCAGCAGACAUUACUUCAGCAUCAGACGGUUUGAGCGAGCCGAGUCCUUCAGAGUCAGCGGAAGGAUCUAUGGACGAGGUGACUAAGUCAAGUGGAUCGGCCGACGUUAAACAUUCGACGUCAGAUGGUGAGGACGCCUCCGAAUGCAAUCUCUUGGACGAGAAGGCCAUUCAGAGCGAAUCCGACACCCACGCCACUAUCGUCCGGGACUCCGUUGAGAUCAUAAGUUCUGGGUUGUCAUUCUUCAGGCCGUGCGAGGAGUUGGAGAGAAUACUGUCCAUCCCAGGAGCCACUGCUCUGUCUCAGGACGCCAUUCCUGGAUUCCUAUCAGCGCCUGAGCAGAAAGGCACGCCCAAGAAGAUGCGGCCGUUGUCGGACCCCGGCCCAGCCGUCGUUAGAUUGAACUUAUCAAUCGAUAUGAGCAUGGAGACGUUAGCGAACGCCUCAGUCGGAAGUGCUUCAGAGGAAUCGCCGUCUUCAUCAGUCUGCGUGGAUCCGGGUGCGGACAAAAACGACAAAGAGAGCGAGUCAGCAGAGGCCAUAGAACUGGACGACUCAUUGGGGUCCAAGUAUGAUCGGGUCAAGGAGGAUCCGGGGUGCUCGUUCCAGCAAGAACUGGGCCUGCAGGAACAGGACGAGGACGAGCAGGGUCCUCAGCGGGAGCAGGUCAGUGGAGGGCUCAGGUCACAUAGGAGACGGAUCAACAGCUCUGGAGGCAAGAAAUUGCUUUUGAAGAAGAAGGGUAGCCAUUCGAGCCUCAACAACAGCAUUCAGCAGCAACCCGAGCAGCAGCAGCAGCUACGACCGCAGUCGGAGAACCAUGGCAGCGAAGUCGACAGCUCGACCGAUUCCUCAGCGAGGAAGUCUUCAGCGAGGAAGUCUUCAGCGACGCCAAACGAUUAUGUGAUCCCCCCCUUUUAUUUUCCUAUGGGUAAGCCUGUGGCAGCGACGAAGCGUCGUCAACGUGUUCACAGUGCUGUGAUGAAAGCCAAGGAGAUCUUUGUCGUGACCGAGAAUGGAUCUAUAGCCGAGGACGGAUUCGUGACGAUCACCAUGCAGUGCUGCGAGUUGCCGCGGUACAUGAACCGAGCGUUGUUUCGCAAAGUGGACCUUGCUGGAAGCGGCGAAGUCCGGUUCCUGGAAUUCGAAUGCGUCUGGGAGUCACUUGUAGAGACCUGUCCGGACGAGAUCUCGAUGAUCUUCAUGAUACUAAAGCAGCCGAACGCGAACGUUUUGACGCCAACGGACUUUGAGGUGGUUCUGCAGGACUUGAUUCUGUUUCAUCCAGGGCUGGAGUUUCUAUCAGGGAACGCCGUAUUCCAGGAACGCUAUCUGGAAACGGUUAUCACACGAAUCUUUUACGAUGUCAACCGCCGACAUGGCAAGAUGACCCUUGCAGAUCUCCGGAGGUCGAGUUUCGAUAAGACGCUAUGGAAACUCGAGAACAGCGACUUGAACCAGACCGAAGAUUGCUUCUCAUACAAGCAUUUCUAUGUGAUCUAUUGCAAGUUUUGGGAACUGGAUCAGGAUCAUGAUCUGAUUUUGGAUGAGCAGGACUUGGCCGGUUAUUCUGGAGGUGCUAUCUCCACAAAGGUCAUUCGGAGGGUCAUGCAGGGGUAUGGGAACGAGACGGGGAUGUUUAUGGUGCCGGAUCAGGAGCCGUUACUAGAGCAGCAGCAGCAACAGACUCUGUUGAUCCAACAGCAACAUCAACAGCAACAACAAAUGGCUCAGAAUCAGUUGGCUGAAGCGUCUGUCGUUGAAAUUUCUGGAGGUAUCAAAAACCCGAUCUCAUCCGGCAUAUUGGACGCGGAGGCUGGAAUGGUGACCGUAGAUCUGAAUGAAGAGGAACAUCAUGUACUGAAGCGGUCUGAAACCAUGACGCUUUCAACGAUUGAUAUGUCGUCCGUAACAACGGAGGAGGUUCCGACCACAGUAGCCACGACAGUGUCAUCUCUCGUGUUCGAAACAGCACCCUCUUCGGUAUCGACACUGUCAGCAUCUGAAUCCAUAACGAUUCUACCUCAAAGGAGCAUACCCCCGGGCCCCGGAAGCCAGUGCCAUCCACAGAAUUACCGCAUGACAUACAAGGGAUUCAUCUGGUUCCUGCUCGCGGAAACGGACAAGCAGACGACGACGUCGAUCGAGUACUGGUUCCGUUGCAUGGACUUGGAUGGGGACGGGAUCCUUACGGUCUUUGAACUGGAGCAGCUGUUUCAGGAACAGGCCGCACGGAUGGCGAUCCUGGGGAUGGAAUCCUUUGGGUUCAGGGACGCUGUCUGUCAGAUGCAGGACCUUGUCAGCCCCAAGGAGAUUGGCCUGGUGAGGCUCUCGGAUUUGAAGCAGUGUGGGCAGGCGGGGCCGUUCAUUGAUCUGUUCUGUAACGUGGUGAGGUGGAGAUCGUUUGAGGCACAUCAGCAUCAGAUCCGGAUGCGGCAGCAGCAGAUCGCGAUGCAGCGGGCUGCGGAUGCUGCUUGGGAAGAGGUCGCGACAGGUGAGGAUCUGUUUGAUGACGAGGACGGCGAUGAAGGCGACGACGAUUUCGAUGACGAGGACCUGGAUGAUGACGAUGACGAUGACGAGGAUAUGGAGGGCGAAGACGAAGAGACGGAUGAUCUUGAGGAUGCGGAGAACGAGGGCAGCACUGGUAGCGGUAGUGAAAGUGCAGAGCCGGAUGAUGAGGACCUCUUGGCUCGGAACUCAGAGUUGAGCGAGGAGAGCUCUUUGAGCAACACGAGGAUGUCAAUGGAUCCGAGCAGAGUGAAUACCACAUCUACAACAGUGAGUGCGGUGAAGACGGAAACGGGAGUUGUGUCCUGUGUUGGUAUCGGUCUGGGUGUCGUGAUUAUGAACGAUGUUGCUCAGGGUCUGUCCCAGAGCCUGGAGCAGUGGCGGGGCGGAGACAUCUCGGAACGGAGUACGGCAACAGUCAAGACAUUGAAGCGCAAGCGAGCCAAGGAAAGGCGGCGUAAGCGAAGACGUGCCAUGAUGAAGCGUGCGCUCCUUGAGGAACAGCGCAAAGAGAAGGCACUCUUGGCCACGAUUCGCGAGUCGCCGUGGAUCGUUUAUGUCGAAUCCGAAUACGACAAGCUGGUGACGAUCGAGCGACCACAGAGCAGGACCGGUUGGGAGGAAGGAGAAGAGGACGAUGAAGAAGAGGAGGAGGAGGAGGAAAUGGAUGACGAAGAAGAGGAGGUGAUGGACGAGGAGGACAUGCUGUUGGAGGAAGGUCACAACCCUGCAGCUGCUCAGCAACUGCAACUUCAACUCCUGCAGCAGCAACAGCAACAACACCAGAUACAGCAGAUGCAGAUGCAGAUGCAACAGCACCACUACCGGCACCAGUACCAUCACCACCACCACCACCACCAGCAUCAUCAUCAGCAUGUGGUACUGGCACAGAUCGAGGCCGGUAUCGUCGACGGCCAGCUUCUCGUGGAAAUGGACCAGAUGCAGGUGAAAGGCAUCGCUGGCGGUUCUGUGAAUGCCUGUGGCCAAACUGUAUCGAGGUUAAGCUUCGAGUUCGGACAAGACUUUGAGCAAAUUCCCGUGGAUUCUGUGGGGAACGAACAGACCAUGGCAGCAGCAAGAGUCGCCGCGGGCACCAAUUCACUCUGAAAACGGCUAUAGUUCUUGUCCGCACGUUAUAACCACCAUUCGCUACUAUUAUCAUUGUUACCAAAACGAUCCAAGAGUAUAGAUAAUA